GGAUGGAGACGGAGAGGGGGACAGGGAUGGAGACGGAGAGAGACACAGAGAGGGGGACAGGGAUGGAGACAGAGAGAGACACAGAGAGGGGGACAGGAAUGGAGACAGCGAGAGGCACACAGAGAGUGUCCAUGGAAGGGGAUGUGGUGCAGACUCUCAGAGCCCUGGGGUCGCCCGGGUCACUUCUGGAAGUGGGCGUGCUCUCACAGGCAGUGAGUGAGGGUCCGUGUUCCCUCCACUUCACCGCCUUGUGUUCCUGGCUGGCCUCGGAGCUGAAGGCUGUCAGCCCCCUGGAGGAGUGCAUCACCCCGACGUCGGGCCCUGAAGAUUCAGAAACUUUCCAAUUGGAAGCCAGUGGCCUGGUGAAUGAGCUGCACUGCCCCUAUCCUUCCCUCACCACAGGUGAUGUGACCUCCAGGCUGAACAACAGAGAGAGCUGCUUGCAGCUGCUGUUGUUCCUGGGCUCUGAGCUGCAGGCAGCCAGGAUCCUAAAUGCCAGGAAGCCCUUGGUGCUGUGCCAGGUACCUAGGGACACUGGCGACGGUGAUGGCGAUGAGACCUUCAAAGAACUGCAGGCUCUGUGCCAGGCACUGGGCAUGGCUGAACCCAACCGAGACACCCCUGUGCCCCAGCUCUUCAGGGACGUGGAAACUAAACUCCGAGAUGUCAGUGCUGGAUUGCCGCAAGCUGGAGUGGGUAAACCUCUGCUGAACAAGAGCCUGGAGCCAGAACAAUGGGAGAACCUGAAGGAGAUCCAUCGAGUGAUGUGUGCGGAGUAUGAUUGCCGUCGGCAGAUGCUGAUCACGCGCCUGGAUGUGACCGUGCAGUCGUUUCACUGGGCCGAAGGAGCAAAGCAACACGAGGCUGUGAUACGACAGCUGUAUGAGCCUCUGAGACAGACCCUCAGCGCCAGGAGCAGUAUAACUCCAGCUCACCUGCUGUCUGCUCGCGAAGAUCUGUCUGUCAUCACCAAGACCACCAGUGAAAGCAGCCGGGAGAGAACUGCCUGCUCCAUCAACAAGGUACUGAUGGGGCCUGUACCAGAUCGGGGAGGGAGACCUGGUGAGAUUGAGCCACCAAUGCCCACCUGGGAGGACCGACGGAGAGCCGGCAGCGCUGGUGGGCGGAGACAGAAAUGGAGAGGCAAAGGGCGGAAGCACAAAUGAAGCUAAACCGGGAGCUUGUCCUCUUCACCCUCUGAAGAACAAUGGAGGGAGUCACUUCCCAUGGGGCUGGACGUGAAAAUAUUGAAGUGGCUGUGUAAGGUUAGGACUUGGAGCUCCCAGACUGGGGUGAGAGAGAGAGAGAGUCUGUGUCUGUGUGCGAGAGUGAGAGUGAGUGUGUGUGUUCUAGACUGAUGAAAGGUUAGGGUAGCCUAAGAUUAAGCCACCAUAAUGAUGGGUACCACAAUAAAGCAAUUAAAUAUGUGCUGAGGGUUUGAGACCCCCUGAUAGUGGGAGGUGGGGGCUGAGUGUGUGGAGGAGAUGAGUGAAUCCAUUCUGUAUUGUUAAAACAUCUCUGCACCAGGCUCACUGUGGGUGAGAGAAAUCCCAAACCCUUACCAAGUGUAAGUGACCAUCGAGUGCUUUGAAACGGUUUGAAAGGCGGCGUAGAGCGAGCUCCGAAUACUGCAUCACCUGAUCACACUUGGAGCCACCCAUUUCGACACACAUUCUGAUGGAGUGCAGGGAUUUUACCCAGGCCUGGGUAAUACUGUGUUUGUUUGUUCAGUACCUUUCUGUGUCGCCUGUUGGGCCUUUGUCACAGAUCCUCCUUUCUUUGUAUACUUGCGGAAAUAGUUUCCUUUAAAUCCUCCACAUUGCUGAGAAAAUGUGGGAUCUUUUCAUGUUGCACUCAUCAGGACAAUUGCAAGAAUGCCAAAUCUCAAAGGGAAUAACAAUAUGUACUGCGUGCAGAAAAAGCACUGACUUUUUUUUUCCUUUCCUAAUUACUGAGUGAUUAUUGCUUUGUAUUUUGGCAAUCCGUUGUUGGAAGUGUCUGGAAUUUUAUGACCUAUGGGUCUUUUUCUUUUCAUUCUUAUAACCACUACAUUUGUUGGCAGAGAAGGGAAUUGGCGCAGGGAGAAAGGGUUCUGGUCAUACCCAGAGAAAGAACGGGUGUUCCCCCAACCCCCCCUUGGGCAACUGCGUGCCUGGGUACCAGUGAAUGUCAUGGUACCCAUGCUGUGGUUUCAGUUCAGCUGGUGCCUUUCCUGGCACCUCACUGCAGAGGGCAGCGUUUGCAAAGUUUCUGUAAGAAUUUUGAAUUAAUAUUUGCUUUCCUCGCAUUUUCAUCUGCUCUCCACAAGCUGGUGUGCCUUUGAAUUUGGAUGCUGGAUCAGUUGUCUUUUCAAAAACGAUUAAAACCAAAUUAUUCUCUU